UCGUCUGUGCUGGUUUUCAAGGUUGUUUAUUUCUUCUUAUCUAAAAUAUUUUCUCUCUGACCUGCAGCAGAUCUGUCUCGCCCCUCAGUGGGUUGUUACAAACAUUCUAUACUAGAAAUUGUGCUAUAUUUACAAUAACGUGCCAAUAUUCAUCACCCAUGUUGAACAGUGUCACCAGCCUAAACCAACAGAAAAAUGCCAACACCACAGUGAAACAUGGAGGGCAUGAAGAAGAAAAAGGACAAGGCACGCCCAAUUUUCCUCCAUCUUGCCCCCUUUGAACCCCUUAUCUAGAAUUGUAAAAUUCUACUUUUCACAUGUGCCACACUAAUUACUACUUAUAUCAAACACUCAGAGCUUGUAAUUCAUCCUGUAAGAUUGAAAACUCUUUUCCAUGGACAGAGAUCAGAGACAGUGUCUCUCGGGGCUCUGUACAGGGGGGCUCCUCACCCCCUGCCAGGGUCCCAGACCUUCCAGAGCAGCCCUGGAUUCCCACACCUGAGCAGCCUGUGCUCCCCAGGGCUGGAAAGAUGGGGGCCAGGCUUUGGCAAUGCUGUUGGGACAGCAGGCAAGGUGAGGGGGGGACAUGGUGGCCUGCUGCAGUGCCACCCUGACACUGUGCUCGCCUUUGCUUCUCCAGCAGCAGGAGCAGUGGUGCUGGGAUGCCAGGGCUUGGCUGGGCUGGAUGGCAGGGUCUUCCCCACAGCAACAGGGGCCUCACCGCCUUAUCUCUGCUUCUCCUUGGGCAGCUUCAGACUGGCAAAGCCCAGCAGCUUCCUCUGGCCUCGGUUCUGCCUCUGUGUUGGGCACACCUGGCUGAGAGGUGCCUCUGUCACCUGAACUCGCCUCCACCUUGGACUCACUGCCCUGCAGCUCCUUCUGGGCUCAAGCUGGGCUCUGGGGAAAAGAGGUGCCUGUGGGUUCCUGCAGUGAGGAAGGGACAGGGCGGCCUCUGCCUGGCUGGGCCUGGCCCGGUGCCGGUGCCGUGUGCGCUGUUGACAGGCCCGGGCCGCGCCCAGCUCCCCCGGACAGGGGGUGGCAGCUCUGCGCCCGCGUGCUGCACAACAGGAAGGAAGAGGGAGGGAAGCAGAAGUGCUGUGCUGCUGCGCGGGGGCAAUUUUGGGGGAGAUUUUGGGCUGAACCCUCAUUUCCUCUGUGUGGGGCUCAGUGCACAGCCUCGGAGCUGAUGGGGCUCGGCCAUACCCCGCAGUGAGUGCCCAUCCCUGCCUGGCCUGCAGCUCACCCUUCCCUCACCACCCCCAGUGUGUCCAGAUCCCAAAUCCAGCUGCAGGUGAGCAGACGGAGCACCUGGGUCCCUGUCCUCUGGCUUGGAGCCCCCUGCUUGGCGUGCCCAGGAGCGAUGGGGGACUGGAGCAUGCCCAUCGGCUCGCUGGGCGAGGAAGUGGUGGCCCGGCUGUGUGAGCUACUGGAUAACGCCGGCCGGGGCUGGCGCAAGCUGGCUGAGCUGGCCGGGGCCGAGAAACGCUUCAGGUGCAGUGCGGAGGAGCUGGAGAUGUGCUCGCUGAAGGUGCUGGAGCCCCGCGGCAGCCCCACACAGUGCCUGCUGCAGCUCCUGGCCGAGCGCGACUGCACCCUCAGGUACCUGCUGGGCUGCCUGGAGCGCAUGGGGCACGAACAGGCCUGCCGGGUCCUCAGCUCCGCCGUCCAGGAUGUGAUUCGCAUCACGGUGCAGCCAGAGUCGCAGGUGGUGGUGGAGGGGACACAGGUGUCCCUGACCUGCUGUGCGACUGGCCCGCCAGGGCUCGCAUACCAGUGGUUCUGUGGGAGGCAGGAGGUGCCUGGAGCCACAUCCUCAGAGCUGGUGAUCGACACAGCCACUCCCGCGGGCCAGCCUGAGUGGUACAUCUGCCGGGUGAACUGUGGGGCCACCUUCACCUUCUCCAGGUGGGCUCAUGUGCAGGUGGAGAAGAGCAGCAGCCCCAGCUCAGCCAGUGGCUACUGCCCGAGCAUGGCAGGGCUGCAGAUCCUGCGGCAGCCGCGGCCGUGCCGCCUGGCCGAGGGGGACACGCUGGCGCUGGAGUGCCGAGCCAUUGGCAACCCCCCGCCCCAGUACCAGUGGUUCAGGAACCGGCGCCCUGUGGAAGGGGCACAGGCACCCCAGUUCCAGGUGAAGCUGGUGACAACGGCCGAGCGGGGCAGCUACUCCUGCCACGUGUUCAACCUCUUCCACGAGGUGUGGAGCCAGGAGGUGGACGUGGAGAUUGGCCCACGGCUCUUCACUUCUGGAGGCUCCUGGCAGGAGGGGGAUGGAGGCUCCCUUGAGCAUGGCAGCCCUGGACAGCUGUAUGCCACAGACAAAGUGGCGCUGCUGAUCGGCAACAUGCACUACCUGCACCACAAGCAGCUGCAAGCGCCCAUCAUGGAUGUUCACGCCCUCAGCGCCCUCCUCUGCCAGCUCGACUUCAAGGUGGUGUCACUGCUGGACCUGUGCAAGGCUGAGAUGCAGAUGGCCGUUGAUGAGUUCCUCCUCCUCCUUGACAAGGGUGUCUAUGCAGGUUUGCUCUACUAUGCUGGGCACGGCUAUGAAAAUUUUGGCAACAGCUUCAUGGUGCCCAUUGAUGCGCCCAGCGCCUACACGUCAGAGCACUGCCUGUGCGUGCAGCGGGUGCUGCAGGCGAUGCAGCAGCGCCGCACCGGCCUCAACAUCUUCCUGCUUGACAUGUGCCGCAAGAGGAACCUCAAUGAUGACAUCAUCCCGCAGGUUGGGGCGCUGGAGGUCACGGCCAACAUCGUCUUUGGCUAUGCCACGUGUGCGGAUGCCGAAGCCUAUGAGCUGAGCCAGGGUGAGCUCUCCAACGGCAUCUUCGUCACCUUCCUCAAGCGCUGGCUGCUGGAGGAUGAGAAGAUCACGGUGCUGCUGGACAAGGUGGCUGAGGACAUGGGCACUCUGGAGAUCACGCGGGGCCGGCAGGCACUGGAGCUUCGCAGCAACCUCUCAGAAAGACGUGCUCUGACAGACCCCAUCCACCCCCCGGGCCAGGAUGAGUCCUCUGCCAGGAACCUGCAGUGGGCCAAGGCUCACGUCCUGCCGGAGAGCCGGCACCUCCGCUUUGACUGCGGUGUCACCGUCCAGCUGGGCUUCGCUGCCGAGUUCUCCAACAUUAUGAUCAUCUACACGCGUGUGGUGGCUGCCCCCAAGGACAUCAGCAAGUGUGAGGCCCGGCUCACUGAUAUUCCCGAGGAGCUGGAUGUGGACCUCAAGUGCACCAACAAGGAGAGCCCGGAGGAGCUGGGCAGCCCGCUGGCACCCGUCUGGAGCCUCGGCUGCCCCUCCUGCUGCCUCUACAGCCGGAUCUGUGGCUUGCAGAAGCUGCGGCAGGAGCUGGCCUUUACCGUGUGCCUGCAGUACCGCUACCAGGGCAUGGAUGACUUUGUGGAGGAGCAGCAGCGGGUGAAUGUGGGGCGGCCGCUCAUCGCCAAGCUCAACCUGCAGUGGGCGGCCCCCCCCUCACCAGCCCACAGCCCCCUCUGCCCCUCUGCCCCUGGGAGCUGGGGGGUAGGGGAGAGCUCAUGCAUCAACACCCCUGAGGAGAACCUGAGCCCCGAGGGCCCCAGCUCCCACACCCUGUAGAGGGACAGGGAGGCCCCAGCCCCGUCACCUCAGUCCCCUGGUGCCAUGCCUGUCCUGCUGGGGGACCAGGGGAUGGAGGGGGUGCAGGUGACAUGCACAGAGGCUGGCCUCCAUCCUGGCCUGUGCCAAGGGGUGCAGGUCUCACAGCACAGCACGACUGGGAUUGUGGGUCCCAGCCACAUGUCCCUGGCAUGGCAGUGCCACCCCCACAUCCCUGAGCAGUGCCACCCCCACGUCCCUGGGCAAUGCCAGUCCCACCUCCCUGGGCAGUGCCAGCCCCACAUGCCAGGCCACCACUAGGCAGUGCCAGGGGCAGAGUGCCCAGAGACUACGGCUCAGCGGGCUCGAGGCGUCAUGCUGGGGCAGGGCUAGGUUCGUUCAGGCCUGGGAGAAAUAGAGAGAAAUAAGCAGCUUAGGGGGCAAAUCCCGCGGGAGGAGAUUACAGGGGGUGGGAGCGGGAGGGCUCCUGCUCGGCCACGAGGAGGUGGGAGCAUCCCCUGGUACCCCCAGCGCUCCCAGCAGCACCCACUCCUCACAGUACAGCCCCAGGAAUCGGCCCCGGCCGGGCAGUGAGCGAUUUCAGGACAGGAUUGGGAUCUAAGGGGGGAAAAAUUGCCUUUUUGCUUGAAUUUUUCCCACACAAACUCCCACACGCUAGGGCAGGCUCCAGUGGGUAUCCACCGAGGAAAGCACCAAUAAAGCGGUCCAGCCAGGCGGCUCGGUGCUUCUGCGCCCUGCCUGCGUUUACACGGCA